AUGGCCAAAUACGUUCCUCGUCAACGCAAGCACAAAGUCCUCGCCCGUGAACGAGCCAAGGAGAAUGCUCAGCAUGAAGUCCAGGACAACCCAAACCAGGAGAUUCUCCUGCCGACGGCCAAGGCUGAUCGGGAGGCCAAAAAGGCACAGAUGAAGGCGGAACUCCGCCAAGAAGGAGCUAAAAUGAGCGGAAAGAAGGCCAAGCGAUUAGAAAAAUACAUUGAGGGCAAGCUGCGCAAGGAUGAGUCCCGCGAGCUGAUGGCCAAACUUGCUGAGCAACAAAUCGACACAACCUUGUUCUCGAGCAGCCGAGUCCUUGGCCAGGGUCGCGAAACCAAGAAGGAGGCUUUGAGGCGGGCUAUGAGAGAGGAGAAAGCUGGUUUGGAGGGUGGUGAGGAGGAGAGAAACGAGAUUCUUCUUGAGAAGAGAAAAGAGCUUAACGUGGAUGAAGAGAUCUCGAGCGAUGAGAGUGAAGAAUCUGAGCCCGACGAAAAAAAGCCAUCCAAGCCCACACCAACUCCUGCGCCCGCGCCCACAUCCAAAGAGUCGGAUCAAACGAAAACAGAAACCUCUGCGCCAACAAUUGGUUCGGGUCUGAAGAGACCGCUCGAGGUCGACGACGAAGGACGACCGGUGAUCAAAAAGCGUCAGAAGCGAGGUGGAGUCAAGUCAAAAUUCUCCUUAGCGCCAGUCGAAACGCCACUUGAGCUCGAGUCUGAAGAAGCCGACAGCGUUGCAAGUGAUAGCGAUAGCGACGAGUGGAAUGGUUUCAGCGACGACUCGGCUGACAAGGAUAACACCGCAGAUGAUGACAGCGAAAGCGAUGAGGAAGAAGAUGAUGAAUCCAGUGAGGGACCCGAAGGGUCUGAUGAGGACAUGGAAGACGCAGACGAAAACAAAGCACAGAGAUCAUCGUCUUUCAAGGCAUGGGCACACCAACAGCGAAACGAAGCUCUGGGUUAUCAAUCCAUCGAGGGAACAACAACAAAUCUUGAAAUACCCAAGCCAGAAAAUUUUGUUCCCCGAGCCCCUGAGCAAGAUCCUUUACCCAUGGAACUGCAACCAACGCAGAAUAUUAACCGAAAGGUUUACAGCGUGACGGUUACGAGAACACCAGAAGUUCAGGAGGCUAGGUUAAAACUUCCCGUGGUAUCAGAGGAACAAAGGAUAAUGGAAGCCAUUCAUAACCAUGACAUUGUCGUUGUUUGCGGUUCCACUGGUUCCGGAAAGACUACUCAAAUUCCUCAGUUCUUGUAUGAAUCUGGUUAUGGUUCACCCGACUCGCCAACGCCUGGUAUGAUUGGCAUCACUCAGCCCCGUCGAGUCGCUGCUGUCAGUAUGUCGAAGCGAGUUGGCGAGGAACUUGGUGAUAAGUCCGAGGUGGUGGCCUACCAGAUCCGCUUCGAGGGCACAGUUGAUCCUAAGACGGCUAUCAAGUUCAUGACUGAUGGUGUCUUGCUACGAGAAGUGGCGCAGGAUAUCACACUGAAGAAGUAUUCGGCCAUUGUCAUUGACGAAGCUCAUGAGAGAAGCGUCAACACGGAUAUCUUGAUUGGUAUGCUCAGCCGAGUUAUCAAGCUCCGAGCAGAGCUAGCAGCAGAGGAUCCUACAGUCAAACCCUUAAAACUCAUCAUCAUGUCUGCUACAUUGCGGAUAGAAGAUCUCACCAUGAAUCCGACGCUGUUUGCUACUCCCCCGCCAGUAUUGGAGGUUGAGGGCCGGCAACAUCCUGUCACCAUUCAUUUCUCCCGAAGAACUCAGCAUGAUUACGUGGAAGAGGCCUUUAGAAAGAUUAGCAGGGGUCAUAAGAAGUUACCACCUGGUGAUAUCCUUGUGUUCUUGACUGGCCGCAACGAGAUUCUAGAGCUCAGCAAGAAGCUAAAGGCUACAUUUGGCGGUCCAAAGACUGCGGAUGGACCCAAAGUACAAAUUUCUGCUAGCGAGGCUCCUAUUGAGGUCGAGGAUAUUGAGUUUGGAGAUGUGGAUGACCGUACUGGUGAUGAUUUUGAUGAGAUACCCACAGAUGACGAAAAUGAGGACGACGAGGACGAGUUUCAGAUCGAAGAGGACCAGGAGGUUGCACCAUUAAAGAUGCGAGUUUUGCCUCUUUACUCCUUGCUUCCAACACGCGAGCAGAUGCGAGUCUUUGAGCGAGCACCUGAGGGUACACGAAACAUCAUCUUGGCAACCAACGUUGCGGAAACCAGUUUGACCAUUCCUGGUAUUCGAUAUGUCUUUGACUGUGGACGAUCAAAAGAGAGACAGUAUGAUCGUCUAAGUGGAGUUCAGAGCUACGAUAUUGGAUGGAUCAGCAAAGCCAGCGCAAACCAGCGAUCUGGUCGUGCUGGUCGUACCGGUCCUGGCCAUUGUUACAGGCUCUACUCCUCUGCAGUAUAUGAGAGAGAUUUCCCACCUUUCACAGAUCCCGAGUUGUUGCGAAUGCCUAUUGAGGGUAUCGUGCUACAGCUCAAGGCGAUGAACCUGCAGCAUGUUGUCAACUUCCCCUUCCCUACACCACCUGAUCGACGAGCCCUUGCUAAGUCUGAAAAGCUUUUGACAUAUCUAUCUGCUAUCUCCUCAAAAGGACAAGUUACGCAGAUUGGUCAAACCAUGUCUGUGUUCCCUCUGUCUCCUAGGUUUGCGCGCAUAUUGCUAGUUGGCCAUCUUCAUGACUGCAUCCACUACACAAUUGCUCUUGUUGCUGGUUUAUCAGCCGCCGAAAUCUUCCUUCCUGAGAACCAAGCGAUUCCUGCCCUCGCAGCGAAGGAUGAUACAGCUAUUCGUACAACAUCAGACGUCAUUGCAGAAGAUCGCCAAGCCAAUGUGCGAAAGAUGUUUAAUGAGGUUCACAAGAACUUCUGUUACCUAGACGAUAAAUCCGAUGCUAUCAAACUUCUGCAAGUCGUGGGUGAGUUUGCUCACGAGCCUACAGAAGAAUGGUGUGAGAGUCAUUUUGUUCGAUACAAGGUGCUUAAGGAGAUUCAGCAACUGCGAAGACAGAUCACAGAGUUAUUGAGGACCAAUGUUUCAGCUUUUACCAACCUGAAAUACCAGGACAAGCUGGAUCCCCCAUCCCCCAAACAGGUCGCUGCGCUGAAGCAAAUGGUCGCGGCUGGCUUCGUGGAUCAGGUUGCUAUUCGCGCAGAUCUUACACCCAACCCCCCUGAGCAAUUCCGCAAGCCUCGCCGGUCCAUCGACGUUCCAUAUAUCCCCUUGAUUCCUAUCCACGCUGGCAAGGAAGUUGAAAGCGACCAUGCAGUAUACAUCCACCCCACCUCACCUCUUGCCCACAUCAGUAUUCAGGAAUGCCCCGAGUACAUCGUUUACUCUUAUCUUCAGCGAGCCGCGCAAUCAGUUGAUGCGGAGAAGCGCCCCAAGACAAGAAUGCAUGCCCUUACAGACGUAACUGGCGGGCAACUAGCAGGGUUGGCUAAGGGAACGCCCCUUAUCACCUACGGCAAGCCGAUUAAGGAGCUCAAGCCCACAACGGGCACGGAUGGAGCUACAGUAAGAGAGUGCUUCGUGGUUCCAUAUUUGAGAGCCGAGAGCACCGGUGGUCAAGGAUGGCCUCUUCCCGCGAAGAAGGUGAAGCAGAGAAAGGUUCCUGGCAAGGGAUGGGUUGUAGAGUAG